AUGGAUGUCGAUUUCCAAUUGCAAUUAAUUGUUCUAAUUGACAGAAGUGAAGCUUACAAUCCUCAAUGCAGAGAAUUUUUGGAAUUGUUGAAAGGGACUUACACAGGGGCUCAACUGAAAUCAGGUCAUUCACAUCACAAAAGUCAUUGUUUCAGCCAGAAUUCAGACAUUUCGUCAAACUCAUAUGAAUUAAAUUAA